AUGACAAGUAUUCUGAGCGGUCAGAACGCUUUGCAGCAGCUUCCUUCUUCGGCCAGGCCGAAUGAAGAUUCGAUUGUAUCUUACAAGCUUGAUUCUAAGCUCCAAACAAGACGUAAAAGUUUGAGCACUUCCAAUGAUUCCGGGGUUGAGGUGUUGAAAGUGUCCAAGAAUGGAAAAUUGUACCCUCGACGCCUGGCAUUUUCUCCUGAUCAUCGGUGCAUUUACGUGACAACAAACCGAUUUCGAUCUGUCAAGGGAUUCCUGAAGUAUGCGCUGCAAACAUCCAGAGAAGUGACAGCCAGAACCAUUGGUAUUGGAGCCAUCGACCACAUUCUCCGUGGACAACAGACCAAACGGUUUGCCAUUGCCCGAGUGACAGCACUUUCCAACGAGGGCGACUCUGUGAUGAAACUCAUGCUGGAGAGCGAAUCCAUGUCAUUUAGCGUGGUCUAUCGAGUAUCACCCGACAACUCUCCCCUGUCAUCCGGCAUCCCCAUGAUUGAUGGAGCAUUGGCAGCCAAACAACAAACCAACCAAUACGACACGCUCGAUCUCAUCCUCCCCAAUCAACAAUCCUACGAAACUCUUUUAGCUUCUCUGGAAGACUUGAUCGCACUACACCGAGAAGAACGCAUGCGCUAUGCUAGAAACAUCCUGCUGCUUCAACUUCAUUGGGGAGAUCUCGGAAAACAACUCACGGAUAGCAUGUCGGCAUCAGAGUGGUUGAUUCUAUGUGACAGAAUGAAUAUUCCGCUCUCCAGAAAUGAACAUUCCAGACUCUACAAAAACUACGAAAAACAACUAAACGAAGGUGAGGGAAUGCUGUUCUCUUACGUAGGAGAAAUACUCGAAGAUAUUGAGGCUGAAACGAUCAAUGAUCCGUGUGACGCCGUAUGGAAGGAUAUUGUUUCCACGGAUCCCAUUCCAGCCGUCAAAGUUGGUCGCGCCGAAGAUGACGCAUCCUUGGAGCUUCUCAAUGAUGAAGGCGAGGAGGAAACUAUCUCAGCUGUCGCUCUGCUCAGCUUUAUUCGAUCACAACAAAAACAAUUCUCAUCUUCGCUAGAAGAUGCCAUCAAUCUCAUUCAUACACUGAACAAUCAAAUCACAUGGGAUGACUUGGAAGACUCCCAGAGAUUCGAUGUUACAGAAGAUACCCGAAUAGCUUCUCUGGAUCGACUUGGGAAGUCUCGCUUCGUGGCGUUCCUCCUCUCCGAUUAUAACGAUAUUUAUGAUCCGGCAGCUUGUGUGCCGAAACCAGAGGAAAUGUGCAUGCCACUAAGCGACUAUUGGAUACACACCAGCCACGACUCCUAUCUCGCCAAGGGGAACGAUGGCGCACUCGGGGGUCUCAAACGUGUGGCUUGCACGGAAAACGGACCCAAUGGUGCUGCCGCAGGAGGAGGAACAAGUGCACUUGGCGGAACUGAUAGCGCCAAGGAAAUUGUCGAUGAGCAAAUGUAUCUUUAUGCUCUGCAGCGAGGUGUUCGAUGCUUGGAUUUAGAUUUGUGGGACGGGACGACAGGGGCGCCGGUUGUGGCCAAGUCCGAGCCAACUGGAACCGACGGAACAAUCCCUUUGGCGGUGGUCUUGCGGAACGUCCGCUCUUUCCUCAAGCACAACCCAAUGUCUUAUCCUGUCAUUCUGCGAAUCGAAAACCACUGCUCCUACGUGGUGCAACAGAAAGUGGCACAACAAAUCACUCAUAUCCUUCUUGGAGCCAACAUCCUCGCUAAACCAGACAUUGAGGCGAUGAAUGAGAGAUCCCCGUUGCCGAGCCCAGACGCCUUGAAAGGCAAGGUCCUCAUUAUGGGAAAGCGUCCCUCUGUGGUGGAAGACGGUGCAAGGAUUCUCAACGAUGACUAUGACGACGAAAACGACACCACAGACGAGAAGCUGUAUCAAAACUUGACAUACGACGAAGAGGAGUUUGACGAUAUGAAUAACCAUGUCAUUGGCUUCAACUCUUCUGGACCCAUCACUGCGUCGGGCCCUCCUCCUGGCCGAGAGGCGGAUCACCAAAGAUCAUUGGAGGUCGUCUUGAACGAAGCAAUGGAGGAUGCGGAACAGGCAAAGCAGGCUGCGUCACUUGCAGAAGCCCGCGCUGCACGUCUUCAAUUCGAAGCCGGAGAAGCCGAAAAGCUCGCGGCCAAACUAACUCAGGAGGCCGGGUUGACUCCGGCAGAAGUCAAAGCUGGCGCAGCCAACAGUCCUCGCAGCGAAGGCCAAGGUGUGGAAAUGCAGCUAAAAACCAGCAACUCGGGGCCACACGACGAAGGCCUUGAAGUGCAAGAAUUUCUCUAUGAGGAGGUAAAAGGCUCGAGGAGCAGAUAUUCAUCUGUCAUUAGCGAAGCCAUUGAGGCGUCGGAAAAUGCCACCGAGAAGCUCACCCUCUUGAACGAGGCUGACUCGGCUCUUCGCAAUGCCGAAACAAGCUUGUCCCAAGCCAAGCAGAGGGAGAAGGAUCUGGCGGAACAGUCCAGGCGGGCUGCCGUGGAGGCUCGGUGUAACCGAGAGCAUGCCGGAAUAGCCAAGAGAAGGAUCGCCACUGUACAAGACUUGGUCAAGAAAUGUGAAGAGAAUGCCAACAGUGCCAGAACUGUCGUCGUCACCGCCACUACCGAGGCCAAGAUAAGCGAGAGGCGUGCUGGGGAGGCGGAAGCCCGCGCUGGCCGUGCGCUGGCAACGGCGGAAAGAGAUCGCAGUCGAGCCGACGCGGAAACCAAAAAAGAAGAAAAGCUGGAGGAAGAGGCCUCCAAACUUCACACGGAGCGAUCUGAGGCGAGCGAUACCGCCAAGUUGGCAAGGGACCGCGUUGAAAAAGCCGCCGCCAUGCUGGAACGAGUGGAUGAACAAGUCAAACUGAUCGAGAAGAGCCACCAGUUCAAGGAAGAAGCCAGGGAAAAUCCAAUGUAUCGUGAAGGAACCAUGCCCCCGUCUGAAAUAGAACUGUUCCCAAACUUGGCCAAGCAUGCUUCGAAAAUAGAAGAAUUGGAGCUCUGUAAGGACCUGAUCAAAGAAGCGUCCAACGAAAACGCCAAAGCGGAAAGUCUCCGACGUGCCAGUCAAGAGAGAUUCGAAGAGAAGGCACAGAUGUGGAAAAUCCAAGCAGACAUUGCCGUCCAGGUUCGCAAGCAAGCCGAUCGUAGCUCCAUGGUUGCAGAGGAGCUGGCCGAACAUGCAGAAGAAGAGAGGGAUGCAGCCAAUUUGCGUCACGUCGCCCGCGAUAAGGCCGAGGCCAACGUCCAGGAGAGAACUUCCCAUCUCGAAAGCGUUCGAGCACAGCUAGCAGAGGCAGAACGAGCUUCUUCGGACGCGGCUACAUUGGCAGUAGAAACUCGGAAGCGAGCGGAUUCCCUUGCCAUCGAGGCAGAAGCCGCCACCGACUUCUCACACAAGAUUGCUGCUGUCGAGAAAUGCAAAAUUUCCAGGGAGAAAGCCUUCGCCGCGUACGAAGCAGCUCGAGUUAUCAAGGACGACAAAGAUGCUGUUGCCGCAGAUACAAAGCGUCUUUUGGAAACAAACGCUGAGGUUUACACAAGUGCCGUUCGAGAAGCCGCUGCCGAGAGCCAUCGUGUCAACACGGAGCGCCUUUCAGAAAAGAAAGCAAUCUUGGCUUACAACAGGGCAUUGCUGACUCGAAAACAGGCCGACCAUGCCAAGGCUCUGUCAAAGAUCGCAAUGGCGACGUCGCAAGAGAAAUCCCUUGCUGCGAAACAAGCACAAGAGUACAAGAUUCGAAGCAGCCGGGUAUCGCCUAUCCCAGCGACCCUUGCCAGCCACACAUGGCUCCACACAACACGACACAAGUAUUGGGAAAAGACACUUAGUCUACCACCUUUCCAUGUCCUGAGCAUGGCACAUCAAGGGUUGGCGUUGGCGCACUCCAAAGACCACAAGACAGUCCAACGAAAGAUGGUUCAUUUCACAAGGAACCAUCUCUGUCGAAUUUUUCCAUCCAAUUCUUCCAUUUCCGAUUCAGCAAGCAAGAAUUUCGACCCUGUUUUGCCCUGGUCGUUGGGAUGUCAACUUGUCGCCGCGAACCAUCAUGCACCAGAUGAAAAUUUGAUGCUUGUUGCAGCUCGAUUCCGUCAAAACGGAUCUUGUGGCUACGUUCGCAAGCCAUCAGCUCUCACUCGACCAAGCAACAUCAGCAAUAAAGAGCAACGUUGGAGGAUCCGUGUGUUGCGGGGGAGUUACUUGCCGAAGCCUGAUGUUCGGGUAUCGUCUCAUCAUCAUACAAACAGAUGCGUGAGACCUUUUGUGAAAGUGGUGCUCCACGACGGUGAGGAUCCAAGUGAGAAGGGACAGCAACACAGAACCAGCGUGGUCCCUUCCAAUGGAUUGAAUCCAGUCUGGGACGAUAAGCAAGGCUUUGAGUUUGUGGUGUCCCAGCCCUGGGUUGCGAUGUUAUCUAUUAUGGUCUUUGACAAGUCUGACAAUGGGAUGGAGGACUUUAUUGCUGGGUCGGCGGUACCCGUCGCCCACCUGCGACAAGGGUAUCGAAGUGUUUCUCUCUUUGAUUCAUCCCACGUUCGUGGUGGCGCCUACACCUUUGCUUCCUUGCUUGUUAACUGCCAAAAGGUUUCCUAA